AUGCUUGAUGAAAAUUUAUCGUGCUUGUUGGAUGAGAGUGACGAUGAGUGGAAGAAGAAAAAAAAAAAAAAAAAAAACGAGGACCAAAAUAUUCAACAGGAUGAUAAGAAAAGAAAUGAAAAAAAUGUACAGCCAAAAAAUUCAUCCUCUUCCAUAUUAAAUUUUAACAUUAGUAAUAUAAAAAAUUUGGACAAUUUCUUUAAAAGUAUUAAUAAUGAAAAUAUCCAUAAGAGUAAGAACAAUGAUAAAUUAAAAAGUUUUGAUUUUGAUCAUAUCGAAAAUGUAAACAAGGAAAGGAUAUAUAAUCAUGAUGAUAAUAACAAGUGUGAAUAUAAUAAUAUGAUAUCAAAUGAGUUAAAUAAAAGAGGUGGAGGUAAUAUCGAUGUUACAAAUAAUGAACAUAAAAAAAAACAAGCAAUAUUAAAAAAUAAAGAAAUAAAUAAUAAACAUCAUCAAGGUGAUAAAAAAUUCGGAGAUUAUGAAUAUAAUACGGAUGAAAAUUGUUCUUCAUAUGAAGAAAAAAAAAAAAAAAAAAAAAAAAAUUCAAAUAUGAUAGGAUCCUUAUCAAAUAAUGAUAGAAAUAAAAAACAUAAAGAUAUUCACAAUCAUGAUAAUAAUAAUAAUAAUAAUACUUAUUGUUGUGAUACACUUAUCCAACAAAAGAAUAUAGAAAAAACAGAUGAUGUAUAUAUAUGCCAAAAGGAUAAUCAUAUGUAUUCAAACAAUUGUAAUGAUUUAAAUAAAGACCCUCGAGUUUUAAAAAAAAAAAAAAUAAUAAACACAACCAAUUUGUAUAACGAACAUAAUACAACAAAUAAUAUUAAUAAUAUUAAUAAUAAUAAUAAUAUUUCGUGCGAAGAAAUUGGAGACGCAAUUAUUUCUGACGAAUAUGAGAUACAUGAAAGUAAUAGAUCCAAACAUAUGUCAAAAUUAACAGACGAUAUGAAAAGCUUUUCAACAAUAUCAAAUAUAUAUGACAAGUCUAGCAUUAGAAAUGGAUCUAUUAAUGGAGAUAAAACAAGUAAUUUAAAUAUGUUUUUAGAAUCAUACAAUAUAUCAGAAAUGACUAAACAAACAAAAGAUAAUCAUAACAAUAAUAAUAAUUAUAGUAAAGAAAAAGAAUUAAUUUUUUGCUUCUCAUUUAUUAAAUAUCAUUCAUGGAUUAAGGCAUUACAAAUUUUAAAUAUACCAUUAGAUUUUUUUCAUCUAGGUAUAAAUUCACAUAAAUAUAUACACAAGAAUAAAUCGGAAGAAUCUUUUUUAUAUAUAUAUAAUAUACAUAAUAUAUUAAAGAAUAAACAUUUUUCUAAUUAUAAAAUUGAAAGGAUGAUAGUUCUAGUUAAAAAUAUUAUAUGUCGUAAUCAUGGCUAUUUCCUUAUUGUUAUGGACCCAUCAGGACAAAUGCCAGCAUCACUACAUAAAGAAGUAGAAAUAGAAUAUAAAAAACAUAUAGAUAUAGGUUCAACAUUAUUAUUAAAAAAUGUCACUGUUUUUGAUACAAUAGAUAAUUUCCCUUAUUUGAUAGUAACACUCAGAAGUCUGGUACGAGUUAUUAAACCUGAGCAGACAGACGCUUCAACAAAGGAAAAAAUAUUCAACCAAAUAUAUUUAUAA